AUGCCCGAGGACAGCGAGCGUUUGGGGAACCUCGCACUCCAUUACCAUCUCCCUCUACCGAUUUACCACCCUUUGCCCGUAGUGCUCGAUCGAGGGCUAGGCGCUAAGGUCUGGGACCCCGAAGGCAAAGAAUACAUUGACAUGCUGUCUGCCUACUCGGCAGUCAACCAGGGGCAUUGUCACCCUGCCAUCCUUCAAACACUUCACGAGCAAUCAAUGAAACUCACCCUCAGCUCGAGGGCAUUCUACAACUCUGUAUUUGGACGCUUUGCCAAACUCAUUACCGAAAUGUUUGGCUACGACAUGGUCUUGCCGAUGAACACGGGUGCUGAGGCUGUCGAAACUGCGCUCAAGUUGGCGAGGAAGUGGGGCUACAAGGUGAAGGGGAUUCCGGAGGGCAAGGCGAGGAUUUUCAGCGCGGAAGGAAACUUCCAUGGAAGGACCUUGGGCGUUAUCAGUAUGUCGACGGACCCCGAGAGCAGAACAGGUUUCGGUCCAUACCUCGAGCGAGUGGGCCCUUACUACACGACCGAGGAGGGCGGAGAUGGGGAUAACGAGGCUGAGGUGAAGACCAUUAGAUAUGGAGUGAUCGAGGACGUGGAGAAAGUCUUUGAAUUGUAUGGAGAGGAGACGGCUGCGUUCUUGGUUGAACCUAUUCAAGGAGAAGCAGGAAUUGUCGUCCCUCCGGAGGGCUACCUUGCAAAGGUACAUGCACUUUGCAAGAAGCACAAUGUGCUCCUCAUCUGCGACGAGAUCCAAACUGGUCUCUGCAGGACAGGCAAGAUGCUUGCUUCCGAAUGGGAGAACGUCAGGCCCGAUAUCGUUCUGUUGGGCAAGGCCUUGUCAGGCGGAAUGUACCCUGUCUCCGCUGUCCUUUCCUCAUCCUCAAUCAUGCUCACCAUUCAACCCGGCGAGCACGGCUCCACCUACGGUGGCAACCCUCUUGGCUGUGCAGUCGCCAUCACUGCGCUGACGGUCCUCCAAAGCGAACGCCUCGCUGAACGCGCUGAGCGCCUAGGACAAAUCUUCCGACUCGGACUGAACGAGUUCAAGAAACACGCGUAUGCAGGCCAGGGACACUCUGUUGCUGGUAAAGGCGGCAAGCUGAUUCGUGAGGUGCGAGGGCGGGGCCUUUUGAACGCGUUGGUGUUUGAGGAAAGUGCGAGCGAGAAAGGGAGGUCUGCAUGGGAGUUGUGCUUGUUGUUGAAGCAUCGGGGUGUGUUGGCGAAGCCUACGCACAAGAACAUUAUCCGAUUUGCGCCUCCGCUUGUGAUCGAGGAGGACGAUUUGAGGAAGGGAAUUGACAUCAUUGGGGAGUGUUUGAGGGAUUUGGAUGUGUUGGAGAGCAUUCCUGGUGAUACAGAAGAGGAGAAGCGUCAUGUUGACGGGCUUACGCUCUAAGUCAGCGUCCUUUGCCUCUGCUCAUCGAGUUUACGAGGUCGGUUGGCCUUUACCAAUCCCUCGUCAGCUUGGUUUUGCAGUAUCUUUUUUCUCCUGUCAUGUCGUUUCCUCCUGUCAUGGCGAUCUCAACUCGCUUCUUUUUCACAUCUGCCAUCUUCCGUCUGAUCCAUCCUCUUCUUUGACGUUGACCCGCUUCGAUGUCGUGAUCAUUUGUUAACAUCUAUUCUUGUUUGCUGCAUAUCAUUGACAGAGUCUCCUUCGUCAUGCACGUGUGCUUGCCAAUGUAUCAUUAGCUUUCUUUACUUCCUUGCUUGUUUAUGUCGCCUGUGCGGCUUUCUGUACGGCGUACGAAUUGUAAUACUAGUUUGGAUAUUACAUUGCUAGCGCUUCCCUUUAGCUGGCUGCUCUUCGAGCUUUGGGAGGUGAUGUGAGUC